GUUUAUAAACAGUUUUCUUGAACCAUAGACUGCAUAGGUUGAACUCUGUACUGUAUUACUUCAACUCCGAAGUGCCAGUUUGUGUAUCCGUUGAGAUAAUCGUGGGAAUCAACAUGCUGUGCAAUCACAUCUUAUUCGCUAUAGCUGUAGUAACCACCACACAGGCCAUCGACCCCCGCCUCUUGCGCAGAGAGCCAACAGAACAAGUUCCAACUCGAGACGUUAAAAUUACACACGACGAACUGGUCACGAAUCUUGAGGUUUUCACUGGACGAUUUAAUGAGAUGGAACAGCGCCUUGAGGAUUCUCUUAUUAUGAACGUGGAGUUAGAAAAGAGAAUUCAAUACCAAGAAUCUCAGAUUAUUGACCUUGAUGACACUAUACAUGAACUUUCAAGACUAAAAAGCAAACUUCGUGAAGCUGAAAGAAAUAUUGGUGAUUUGGGAAAAAGACUGAGUGAGGGGUGUUCCUGUGUAGGCGGUAGCAAUGAGGGCGUUGACGAGAACACAGAACGAGGACCACCGGACGAUGACUGGGUCGUUAAUUUAGACAGGGAACAGAUAAGUAACAUGAGAGCUGACAUUAACAAAGAAAUGGCCGAAAGAAAUAGAAAUAACGCCGGUUCAUUACAAGAGAAUCGUGCCGUAAAUUUGGACAAUAAUGUCCUUAGGGAAUUUAGUCAUACCCUUGCUGAGAUGAUCGCCAGCAGAACCAUGGAGAAUGGUAGGAACGAAGGACUGUUUCGUCCUAUAGGAGAUGAUUCAACUACAUCCGAAUCCGCGGAAGAGAACAGCAUGAUUCGGACAACUCUAGCGGCAUCCGUCGACGGCCGACCAAGACCUCAAAAGCCACGCCCAGGUGCAGGGUUCCCAUUCCCGGCUAGACAUAUAGCUAAAAGGGCAGUGACCGAAGAGGAAGCUGUUAUGGAGUUGGAAAAUGUGCUUGUUGAUGUAUUAAGAUCAGCGAAAAAAAAAGUGGCUUUCUCUUCCAUCCGUACUGAGCCAUUGAUGGGAACAGACGGUGGCGCACAGGCUAUCGCAUUCCAGAAGAACCAAGCGAACAAAGGAAAGAACUUUGACCGGUCCAGCGGCAUGUUUGUUUGCACGAUUCCUGGUAUCUACUACUUCUCGUAUACCAUGAGAAGCUAUGACAAAAUGCAUAUCGGAGUCGCGCUGAUGAAAAACGACGACGCAGUGGUUGCCAUGACAACAGACGCCAGUGAUCGCAAAGUGAUGCAAACCCAGAGCACGAUGUUGUCGCUUGAUAUAGGUGAUCAAGUGUGGUUACUUCUGGGACCCUCAGAUAAUUUCGCUAUCUAUGGCAACGACUUUAAUUACAACACAUUUAAUGGUCAUAUUUUGUACCCGAAUUACAUCAGUUAAAGUUUUAUAUAAUAUUCUAUUAUGAAAUGUUGAAUUACUGACUAAGGCUGACAGUCUGACAUCAAUCAAUGUCUGUUUUAUAUACACAAGUACAUAUGUGUUAUUUUAAAGAAUAACUUGCAACCGCGUUUUUAAUUUUCACAUUUCAGUCAAGCCACUGCAUUCCUCUAUUAUUUGUAUAGUGACAUACAGAUGCAUGAAAUAACAGCAAUGUUUUAAUCCCCAACUUCCUAUGUUGUUACGAAUUGUGUUCGUACCUUUCUUUGUGUAUGUUUACUUUAACUCUAGAAUAACCGUUUUGUACCAACCUGAUAAAUUCGUUCACGUGUAUUGGCUACUGUAAACGUAUUAUAAUAAUAAAACUGUUCAAUUAAUAUGAUACAAGGA